AUGAUUGUCGAGGAUCAAAGAUUUAUCCACGAGGACCUGGAGCGCCUCGAACAGGGCAUUGCUGAUCGCAUGCUCGAAGAGCCCAAAAAUAUUCGUGACCGUCUCAAUAGAGAUCACGAAGUCGCCCAGUUAUUAGAUCAGAUUCAGCGCCAAUCCGCAGAUCUGCUGCCCCUUUACGAGGAUAAGAACGGUCUCCGGUCAAAAGAGAUCCUCCAAAUCAGUUCAGGGGAUCCGUUUGAAGAGUUCUACCGCCAAUUGUCACGCAUCAAGGACCAUCACGCACGGUAUCCAAACGAGCAAGCCGAGAACCCAGAGCAGUGGUACCGCCCACGAAAGAAUGACGAACAACACCCAUACAUUGUGGACAAUCUGUUCACUGGCGAAGAAGCAUUUGGCCGAUUCUUCGAUCUACACGCGUGCCAUGAGCUCUUUCUGAACCUUCCGAACGUGAAGCGCCAUGGGUACAUGCAGUACCUCGAAGUUUUCGAUGAUUUCCAGCCGGGCAAGGGCGGUGUGAAGCGCGCUGACAAAUUGACGGAUCAAUACUUCCGAUAUCUCGGCGAGCUGAUGGAUUAUCUCGAGUCAUUUAUGCGUCGGACUAGGCCCCUCGAGAAUCUCGAUAAAGUCUUCGACGGUUGGCAGAAGGAGUUCGAGACCGCAUGGGAGAAGGAUGAAGUGCCCGGGUGGCAGAAGGAGUCCAAAGCCAAGAUCAAUGCUUCAGCACGAACUUUGAGCACGCCAGAAGCUGUCUGGUGCGAGGCGUGUGAAAAGGAGUUCAAAAAUGAGAAUGUCUACAAGGGUCACUUGAACGGCCGGAAGCACAUCAAGGCAGUUGAACUACUGGCUAAACGGGAAGAAACUCCUGAAGAUACCCCAGACGGCCUCCUUGCCAAGACCGCUCACCGGUUACGAGAGCGCGCUGUUGCAGAGAGAGAGCUCCGCAUCAAAAAGCUGGUCAACGCCAUGAAAGUUGAGCGUGACGAUACGCGGGUGAACGUGGAGCGCAGGCAAGGCAUGACAGAGCGCGAACGGCAACAGGAACUUGAAAACUUCUACAACAUGAUGUCAGGAUCGGCAAAUAAGGAUGACAAGGAUGAGAAGGAAGAAGGCGAGGAAAAGCUCUACAACCCGCUCAAGUUGCCGCUUGCCUGGGAUGGCAAACCCAUCCCGUUUUGGCUCUACCGGUUACACGGCUUAGGUCAAGAGUUCCCGUGCGAGAUCUGCGGUAAUUUUGUCUACCGUGGCCGACGUGCCUUUGACAAGCACUUCAACGAGACCAACCACAUCACAAAUCUUAAGAGGCUCGGCAUCACCGAGACUUAUCUCUUUCGCGAUAUUACGUCUAUUGAAGAGGCUCUUAGACUGUGGGAAAAGAUUCAGAGAGACAGAAAAGCGAAGGAAGUUGAUGAUGGGGCAAUCGUGCAAAUGGAGGAUGCUGAAGGAAAUGUCAUGCCAGAGAAGGUUUACCUUGAUCUUCAGAAGCAAGGACUACUCUGA